UUAUCAACUGUUGAUAAAUAAUAUGAUAAAAAAACUUUUAAAUUAGUAAACAUUUUAUUCUUUAUCAUUAAAAAAUAAUGAAGUAAAAUAUGUCUUAGGGAAAAGAAAAUUUCAGUUGUUCCAUUUGUAACAGUUUCUUUUAGUUCGUACAGUGAGAAAAUUUUGAGUUCGAUUUUGUGAAAUUACCUUUGUAGUAAAUAUGACGACUCCUGGUCAUGAAAAUGAGAUUCAACCGCCUUUUGAUGUCUGUGAGAAAUUUUGACCUUUCAGCAUAUGCUCAUAGUGUAAAUACUAUAGGCUCUCUAAGAGAUUAUAUCAUUUCCGAAGAUUUACUAGCUGGACAACGUACCAAUGGAAGAAUGUCCAACGUUAGGAGGUUCUUCUGUUUGUUUGUAACCUUUGAUUUUCUAUUUACUUCUUUAAUGUGGAUUAUAUGUGUUAUGUUAAAUGGGGAAUAUAUCGUUAAAGCACUGAUAGAACAAGUGGUACAUUAUAACAUACACACUUCCUUAUUUGAUAUCGUAUUGGUAUCCUUCUGCAGAUUUUUUAUUUUAAUACUGUUCUAUGCUAUUAUUUACAUUAAUCAUUGGAUUGUGAUAUCGCUAUCAACUGCUGUUACAUGCGCUUUUUUAAUAGCAAAAGUGCUUUAUUUCGAUUGGCCUCAUUCUUCUCAGCCAGUUUUCGAAGUUCUGCUCGUAUUGGCGUCUUUCGUCAUAGCAUGGGGAGAAGCUUGGUUUCUAGACUUCAGAGUCAUUCCUCAGGAAAACUAUGCAAACCGAUUCAUUGUUGCCAAUGAGAGAACUCCUCUUAUAAGGAGUUAUGUUCAAGGUCUUCCGUCGACGUACACUGAAAGCGUUGGAAACUUUUAUUCACCACAAGGCACUCCCGAAAAUUCCGUGCGGAGAUUCCAACAGAACGACAGAAUCCCGUAUGAAUUUAUACCGAUUAAAUUUUCCAAGCAAGACGAAGAUAAUUAUAAACAUGUGGCCAGUAAAAAUCUAAUUGAAGCAUGGAAACUUUUCGAAGAAAAAGAUUGGGUCCUCGAAAGACAAUUCGAAAAUGACCAAGUUUACACGAGGCUAGAUCAAAGCCGAAGAAAAAUAUUCAAAUUACAGGCACCAAUAGACGUGGACCCAAAGUAUUUAUUAGAGGAGCUUUACUACAGAGAACACGAUUUUCCCAUGUGGAAUUCCAAUAUCAAAGAGUGUUACAAAAUCCAUUCUUUCGACGAAUACACUGAUAUAACCUAUACUGUAUCCAAGGAGGCGGUUGGUGGGCUAGUAGCUAGUCGGGAUUUCGUCAAUCUGAGGCACUGGGGAAAACGCGAUCAUUCAUAUGUGAUAUGCGUGUGCAAAACCGAACACCCCUCAUUUCCUAUAAGCAAGAAAAUCGUAAGGGGAGAAAAUAAUAUCGGAUGCUUCGUUAUAGAAACGAUGGAUGAUUCGAAAAAGAGCGUUUUACAUUGGAUCGUAAACAUCGAUUUGAAAUUAUGGUUACCCGGUACUGUGCUAGACAGCGAAAUGACAAAUAUGAUGUUUAAUUUCAUAAAAGAACUUCGAAACUAUAUCUCUUCCAAAACUCAAGAAAUUGUUUGAUGAAAUUGUUAUCUUUGUAACAAGAUUUUUUUGUAUACAGCGUUUUUUGAAAGGUUUGAUAGAAAGUUUAUCUUUAGCAAAUAUUUUAAUGUCAAAUUUAGCAAUGCACCACUUUAGUGUGACGUCAAAACGUCUAUUUUCUUUACGUUCUAUAAAAAAAUAGUGUUAAAGAUCACUCUAACAAUUAAUAGCUUUAAACAUAAUUUACUAAAUCUGAUAUAGCCAGAAAACAAUUACGUUUGGAUACAUAAAUUCACUAAUGUGGUGCAAUUUUUUGAAAAUGUUUACAAGCAAAUUUUGACUCGUAUUCCCUGUAACAAGAGUAUUGAAAAAAAAACAAUGGAAAAGAAUGAAAUAUAAACUAAACUUAAUUUGCAUAUUAUAUUUCACUUUUUGUUACUCUAUAAAAGCUUCAUAAGAUUAAAGUUAAAUUUCAUAUGAAGCAUACAAGAAUUACAUAUUUUCUGUGUGUCCAGAAAUAUUCCUUUUACUUGAAAUAAUAUACUUUAACCACAAACCUAAAAUACUCCAAGAAGUGAAAUUAAAAGAGGAAUAUUUAUUGUGAAUGUAAAAAAUUAAUUUAGAGGCCCAUCCUCCACUCCAAAUUCAUAUAAAAACACACUGUUUAUAUGAAGAUUAUCUACGUUUAAUAUAUGUUUUAUCAAACAAUUUACUCCAUUUUUAUAUCUAUGUAUGUACCUUUUAAGAAUUAGUUGGUUCGUUCUACUUAUUUUACGUUCUUCAAAUAUUCCAUCAAUUAUUCUAAUAACGAGGCAUUUAUUUUUCAUUGUUCCAAAGUUCUGCGAAUCUUUGACAGACAUACAAGUAUGUUUAUGAAAUUUAUUUCGAAUAGUUUUAUGAAGAACUGUAAAUCAUUUUAGCGUCCUAUUAAGAAUAAUUUAAUAUAAUCGUUACAAAUAGCAUAUUUCUAUGUUUAUUGAAUUCAAUUUUCAUCCAUAUUCGAAAGUUAAAAAUAAAUAUCCACUUGCCAUUGCGUAUGUUAAAUAUUUUUUUUAAUUUAGAAUAUACAUUUAUUAAUUUACUUUAGUUGUAACUUUUGACUGAAGACGACAAUUUUAUUAUUAAAAAUCGAAAGUUAUGAAAUAUUCAACAGAAUUUGAACACUAUUUGUUUUAUUCUGCGAUUAAGAGUUUGUUUAAAUUUUGUUGAUAAACUUUGCAUUUAUGUAAUUUUUUUGUAUAAUUGUAAUCAGACUGUGAUUUUAAAAUAAGAUGAAUUAGUACAUUGGGUUUUAUUUUGAUUUACCACCUCUGAAGAAGUAAAACACACUUAAGUGCAAAUUUGUACGCAGUAUGGUCUAUGGGUGCAACAAAGACAACUUCAUUAGUCUUAUAUAAAGAAAAAGAAAGUGAUAUUGUGGGAUUGCAACUAUCCCACUUUAGCCACUGUUGUUUUAAUUUUCUGACUCUGUUCAACUCAUAGAAUUGACCAUAUUCCAAACAAUUUUGCACUUACCCUCAUAAAAGUUAUAGCUCAGUUCGGAUAUAUUAAUGCAACAGUUUUGAAAAGAAUUAACAAAAUGCUCUUGAACGACAUUAACUUUAUACUUAAACAAAAAUAACCUUAACCUACCAGUCUAUCGAGCAUAUUUUUCAGUAAAACUCUUCGCUCUCUUCCAAAAUUCUUCUUUGUUAUUCUUGAAUUGUUCCCCGAUAUCUUCCAUUAACGGAUCAUCUGGAUUUGGACAUUCCAGAAGCAUCCUUAGUGCUAUUAGCAACCCUUCUAUUCCUAUUGUAGGUUUCCAACCACCGUUCGGAGCCGCUUUAAGCAAGUCUAAGCAAAUUCGCCCGCUCUCAUCAAUAUUCGGAUGGUACAUUUUUGUCUUGAAAGUAACAGAAGGCGGCGUAAAAGGAUAUCUGUCGGGAAUAAUUAUUUCCAAAGUGAAUACACCAUUUUCGUAAGGGCUAUUCGGAGGCCCCGUCAUUUUCGCUUCUAAAUUAGACAAAUCCUCAUUUUUUGGAAACAAGCAAAUCCCUUGAGGUGGAGAAGUCGAUAUUUUUUUUAAUUCGCGCGACAAUCUUUGCUUUUGCAUAUUUUUUAUUUACUGUUUCACUCAUAGAAUAACAACUGUUGAAUUUGAAUAGUUAUUGAAGUACUUUUU